UGAAAUUGAUACACCACAGCUUGAAGCUAAAUGUUCAUUAUGGAAACUAAAAGCUCUCUGUUGCUAGGUUUUCUAGUCCUUGUGAUAAUUGGCUCAGCGCAUCGCACUGAGUCAAAAAAAGAACCAAUUCCAGUUCUGAAGUUUGAUAGUAGCUUUUUUCCAGAGGGUUUUUACUGGGGAGCAGCUACUUCAGCUUAUCAGGUCGAAGGGCAUGCCAACAAAAGUGGAAGAGGACCUAGUAUCUGGGAUACAUAUGUCCAUGAGUAUCCAGAGAGAAUUGAUGACCGUAGCAAUGCUGAUGUUACGGUGGAUUUUUACAAUCACUACCAAGAUGACCUCAAAAGAAUGAGCAAGCAACUGGGUAUGAAUGCCUACCGAUUUUCUAUUUCAUGGACAAGAGUCAUACCUAGUGGAAGGAUACGUGAAGGAAUAAACGAGGAAGGAAUUGAAUUUUACAACAAAGUUAUUGACGAAAUGAUUAAAAAUGGCUUGACUCCUUUUGGGACUAUUUUUCACUGGGAUGUUCCUCAAGCUCUUGAAGACAAAUAUGGCGGUUUCAGAAGCCGUAACAUAGUGGCUGAUUUCAAAGAUUUUGCGGAGCUUUGCUUUGAAAGAUUUGGAGACAGAGUGAAACAUUGGAUUACAAUCAAUGAACCGUUUGUUUUUGAUACACAUGGCUAUGAACUUGGUGGUUUGGCCCCGGGACGAUGCUCACCAUGGGUGAAUAGGGCAUGCCAAGCAGGAGACUCAGGAACCGAACCUUACACUGUCGGCCAUCAUUUGCUCCUUUGUCAUGCAGCAGCUGUUCAAGUUUACAGGGAAAAGUAUAACACUGGUAAAAUCGGGAUUACAUUAGAUUUAACCUGGUCCGAGCCUAUCUCCGACAGCCCCGCCGAUAUUGCAGCAUCCCAACGGAGCCUCGAUUUCUUGUUUGGCUGGUGGUUGGACCCUUUGGUAUAUGGUCAUUACCCAAGAAUUAUGCAAACUUUAGUCGGACACAGAUUGCCAAAAUUCACCGAAGAAGAAAUCAGUUUGGUUAAGGGUUCAUAUGAUUUUUUUGGCAUUAACUCCUACACUUCAAAUUAUGCUUCUGCUAAUUUUACUGCCGACCCGGAUCCAACUCAUAUUAGAUAUGCAACUGAUAGUGAAGUAACUUUGACAAAGUACAAGGAUGGCAAACCUAUUGGUGAACAGGCUGCUCCAGCUUGGUUAUAUGUCUGGCCGGAAGGAAUCCGACGUAUUUUGAACUAUACCAAAGUUGCAUACAGAAACCCAGUAAUCUACGUUACCGAAAACGGAGUUGGUGAUCCUUUGGGUAUUUCUCCCGAGGAUGCUCGCAAAGAUUUAUGGAGGAUAAGUUAUCAUGAAAAACAUCUUGAGCAGAUUCAUAGUGCCAUCUGUGAGGACGGUGUUAAUGUGCAAGGUUACUUCGCUUGGUCGUUUAUCGACAACUUCGAAUGGGCGAAUGGAUUUACGGUAUCCAUGGGUUUGUAUGGUGUCGACCAUAAACAGAACCUCGCGAGACGCCCAAAACUUUCGGUUUCAUGGUUCAAUGAAUUCCUGAAAAACAAGGGACACAAAGGCGGACCCAAAUGUACUCUCCCAAAAGCUGAGGAGCCUCAUGAAGAUGAUGAUGAGCUUUAGGGUUUGCUCGAUUGAGUUGGAUUGUAUGAGAAUUAUGUUUGUAUGAGAAUUAUGACUUCUCAUUUAAUAAAAGGCUUUUGAUGUUUUGUUA